AUGGGGGUCUUGGGCCGUCGAUACCGCGGGGACUCGCGGGCCUCCCUCCAUCGACCAAUUUCGGCUGAGCACAUUGCUCCGGACACAUUGGAUGCUCUUGCUGAACCGAGUAGCUUUCCUCGCACGCUGGGUUCGGAACCGGUAUUGACGGGCGGGACAAGCUUCAGGACACCGAGUCGGUCUUUCUACCACCGCUCGUUCCAUAAUAUUUCUGAUCCGGCACACUACUCCUCUCAUGGCCUUCGAGAAAAAACUGCCGAAUUAGCCUCCUUUGCCCUGUCCCGGGAACCCAGAGAUCUACCUCCAGCCAUGGAUAUUUUUCGACCCAUGGACGGUCCAACUGAUUCGGAACAGGCAUCAUCACCCAGCCAGCUCUCGGGCUUCUCGCAGGGACUGGAUGAAACAGGAUCCCGCUCAACCGGACUCGGCUCUACAGGCCUCUCUCCCGGUUCAUCGGUGCUAACAGCUAUGAUUCGUGACCCCUCGUCUAGCCUCAAUCAAGAUCGGAGAGAGAGUAUAGGGAAUUCGACUGGAUCGGGUGGAGACACAACGGUUAGGCCUUCCGCUUCAGUCAAUGAUGCAGAAGAAGAGGACACCAGCACAGAGCGAACAUCUUUGCUGACCAAGUCGUCAUCUUCCAAACCAUCCAGGAGCUAUGGAAUGGCUGGUGAUGUGGAACGCCAGGCAUUUGCGCCAAAAGAGACGCCGAAGGCUCUCCCAAGGGCUCUGUCCAAGCUCUCAACAACGGUUCAAAUACUUGCCCAUCCAAAGGCAUGGGAUGCUCGGACUGUAUGGCGACAAGGCAUCGUACAUCCGCUAAGUCUGCUGCCCUCAGUCUUCCUUGGCCUUCUGCUAAACAUACUGGACGCUUUAUCAUAUGGCAUGAUCCUAUUCCCUUUGGGUGAACCUAUAUUUUCUGAACUGGGAUCAGAUGGUAUUUCCAUGUUCUACGUGAGCACCAUCAUUGCUCAACUGGUGUUCUCAUGUGGUGGCUCGAUAUUCCGCGGCGGUAUCGGCAGCGAAAUGAUCGAGGUCGUUCCAUUCUUUCACCAAAUGGCAUUUACGAUUCUGAACCGCGUCGGCGAGGAUAAUCCCAAGUCUGUCAUUGCCACCACCAUUCUAGCUUUCUCGGUUAGCUCUGUGCUCACCGGCCUGGUCUUCUUCUUAAUGGGGACCUGCAAGGUUGGAUCCCUCAUUGGAUUCUUCCCUCGACAUAUUCUCAUUGGGUGUAUUGGAGGCGUUGGCUUUUUCCUGAUCUUGACAGGUCUCGAGGUAUCCGCUCGCCUUCCCGGGUCUUUCGAGUUCAACCUCCCGACUUUGCAGAGACUUUUCAGCCUUGGCAUUGUGCCCCUUUGGAUAAUACCUUUAUCACUCGCGAUUGGUCUUCUCGUUCUUAAGCGUUUCGUCAGAUCUAACUUUCUCGUUGGUGCUUAUUUCAUUGCUGUCGCCUUGAUCUUCUAUAUGAUCAAGUUUUCUGCCCAUAUACCCAUGGCAUCAUUGCGGAACAAUAGCUGGGUGUUUGAUGCUCCCUCAUCUUCAAAUCCCUGGUAUCAUUUCUAUACCCUCUAUGAUUUUGCUGCUGUCGAUUGGCCUGCAUUUGUCGAUACGAUUCCAGCAAUGUUUGCGCUUACGUUUUUCGGGAUACUUCAUGUUCCCAUCAAUGUUCCAGCCUUAGGCAUCUCGACCGGUGAAGAUAAUCUCAAUGUCGACCGUGAGUUGAUAGCUCACGGCGUCACAAAUGCACUUUCUGGAUUUGCGGGCAGUAUCCAGAAUUACCUUGUGUAUACCAACAGCUUGCUUUUUAUCGACAGCGGUGGUAAUUCUCGCCUAGCUGGUCUGAUGCUUGCAGGAGCUACUGCUGGAAUUAUGCUGGUUGGACCUGUUAUUGUCGGCUUCAUUCCCGUCAUGGUUGUUGGAGCCCUGAUAUUUCUGCUGGGAAUUGAGUUGAUGGAAGAGGCGCUUGUGGAUACUUGGGGGAAGCUGCAUCGACACGAAUACUUGACAGUUGUAAUUAUUGUCGCGACUAUGGGCAUCUGGGACUUUGUAACUGGAAUCCUUGUCGGUAUCAUCCUGGCCUGUUUGAGCUUCGUCGUCCAAACAUCACGGAAAUCUGCCAUCCGCGCAACUUACUCUGGCAAGAUCGCUGGCUCAACCGUUCGCCGGCCCCCGAUUCAACACCGUUUCCUAAAAGAGGCAGGGCGACAAACAUUGAUCCUCAAACUCGGCGGCUACCUGUUCUUUGGGACAAUCGUGGAUGUCGAGAACACUAUGCGAGGUCUCAUCGAAGAGGAAGCAUUCAGCCGGCUCCCGAUAAGGUUCAUUAUAUUGGACCUUUCUCGGGUGUAUGGCAUCGACUUUUCGGCGGCAGAGGCUUUCACUCGCAUUAACCGUAUCUUGAAGAAGCGGAAUGUGCAAAUGACCAUCUCGGGUCUUGACGUAGAAGGAGACGUUGGGAAAAGCCUCCAGAAUGUGGGUCUUUUCGAGCCAGAGCUCGGGGUCCGAUUAUUCGAAGACCUGAAUUCAGCGCUGGAGUACUGCGAGAACGACUAUCUCAACGUCUUUUACAGCCACCGAGAAGCGUUGCUACAGAGGACGGCCACUUCAAACAGUUUGGAAGUACCAGUGUCACAGCAUCACCCCAAGUCAGCAGUGGGAAUCGUGGGCUCCCCUCGCCAUCAGUAUCUCCAGCGAGCAGCUACAACGACGCUCAGCGAAGACGAGACAGCAGUAAUCAUCCCUGCGGCGUGGUCCGCAAUGCGCCAACCAUUGCCCCUUCUUCUCCAGACGUUCCAGGGCCUCACCUCACGGAACGAAGACUUCUGGUUCCCAGCAUGCUCCUAUUUUGUUCGCGAGAACCAUCCUGCGGGCACCGCUCUCUUUCAAGAGGGCGACAUCCCCAACGCGUUCUACCUUCUCGAGUCUGGGAUGCUCCGCGCAGAGUACGAGCUACCCCAGGGUCGAUACUUUGAACUCAUCGUCGCGGGGCGGCCAUGCGGAGAGCUGCCGUUUUUCAGCGAGACACCAAGAACGGCGACUGUCAAAGCCGAACAGGAUUGCGUGACGUGGAGCCUUGAUGCUGAAAACUGGAAGCGACUCCGGGAAGGAGAACCCGCUAUUGCGCGCGAACUGUUGACGGUUAGUUUGAAGCUGACGACGGAACGGAUGGACAGCAUUACUUCUUAUGUUCUUACGAUGGCGGCAUAA